AUGACUGAAUUGGCUAAGUGUUUAAUAUUCCCUUAUUAUAUUGCCAAAGCUUAACCUUUAAAACUUAGAGAUACAGAAAUUUUUGAUUUUUGCUAGAAAGAGCCUUCAUAUGCUAUUAGCAAAGAUUAUGAUCUUUAAGUUAUUAAGAAACUUAGUAAGCAAUUCAGAUGCACAGUAAAUGAUUUGAUAACUAAUAUAUUUUUGGAAGCCUAUUCAUUUUAUUCUUGGGAUUAUAAAACAUACAAACCUUAUAUAUUCAAGAGUUGCAUUGCAAUUAAUUUUAGAAAGCCAUUGAGAUAAAAAGCAGAUAUGACAUUUUUCAACAACUUAAUAGUACCUGAGACUUCAAUGCUAAUGCCUAUGUAUUAUGAAGAUGAUACAACUGACAGAGAUUAGUUAUUUAGAAAACUCAUGUUAAAAAAUCAAGCAAUAUUUACUUAAUUAAAAAACAAUACUGAUUAUAGGGCUAUAUUAUUUGGCUCUUAAGUUAUGAGUUACUUUUUGCCUACUCCUAUGAUACCUAAGAUAUCACCUGCUAUCCUGGAACCUUCUAGAAGAACUUUCUCUAACAUAUGUGGGCCAGCUAAGCCUUAUUAAAUCGGUGGUGUCUACACUAAAAGAAUGCAUUUCAGAGAUAGCAUCAUAGGACGAAAUGCAUCAGUUAACUAUUUCUCUCAUAACGGAAUAUUCAGAGUAAGCAUGUAUGUAAAUCAAAUAGACUAUGAUGUGAAAAAGCAGAUAGAAAUAUUUGAAAAAUAAUUAGAUUAUUGGAUUGAUAAGUAUUGCGAGCAGAUUUAUUGA